AUGUUACGCAUAAAAGAUCCAAGGAAGUCAUUACCAUUCUACACUAAGGUACUCGGUAUGAGGUUGCUUAAACAAAUGGAUUUCCACGGUGGUCAAUUUUCUCUCUACUUUAUGGGCUACAAGAAAGCCAGCGAGGUCCCUCAUGGAGAAAGGGAGAAGAAUCAUUUCGCGCUUUCUACGCUUUCCAUCAUCGAAUUGACGCACAAUUGGGGAACUGAGAAUUGCCCUGAAUUCAGUUACCACAAUGGCAACAAGGAACCGCGAGGAUUUGGUCAUAUUGGAAUUGUCGUGCCUGAUGUAGAUAAGGCUUGUGAGCGCUUCGAGAGUAUGGGUGUGAAAUUUGUGAAGAAGCCACAGGAUGGAUCGAUGAAGGGUCUGGCGUUCAUUCAAGAUCCAGAUGGUUAUUGGAUUGAGAUCUUCAAUCCCGGUAGUGUUUGUUGA